AUGACCUCAAGCACUGAUUCAGACUCAGAGGAGCUUGAUGGAGAAAAAACAGCUGGAGUUUUAGCUUUAGAAGAAAUUGUAAUCCAAGACCCCAAAUCUCACAUAAAUUUUCCAUUUAGCAUUUUAUUCUCAACUAUUAUCUAUUGCGGUGAGGUUGCUUCUGCUUUAUACAUGUUUGAAUUUUAUCGGCGGAAUAAUGAAAAAUUCUUGAUGUCAUUUACCAUUGGCAUCAUAAUCAUUGAAGCUAUUUUGGACCAAGUGACACUGAUGUUUUUUGACAUGGACUUUUCCAGAAAUAGGGCUGUCUUAGUUUUUUCACACAUUCUUUUUUUAGGACCUAUUGUGAGGUGUCUACAAAUCAUUAUAAAUUAUAUUAAGUUGGCAAAAAAAAAGCAGCAGAAAAAAAAGAAUAAAGAAGAUAAUGGAAUAAAUGUGAUGCUGGAAAAGGAGGACAUUGUCUCAAUUUGUGAUAUCAUUGUACAAUGCAAGAGUUUCAAAUGCAUGUCUGUGAUUCAGGCCUUUAUGUGCUCUGCUCCACAAUUAAUUGCUCAGUUAUAUAUCACUUUUAAUAUUAGAAAAUGGCCUCUAAGCAGAGCAUUUUUGACGACAUUUUCUCUGCUAUCGGUCACAUAUGGUGCCAUUCUCUGCAAUAUAUUGUCCAUCCAGAUCAAGUACGAUGAUGCUAAGUUACACCCCUUACAAUAUCUGCACAUCAUGAUAUGGCGUAGCUUGGAGAUUACCUCACGAGUUGUGACGGUGGUACUUUUCAUCAUAUCCUUAAAGCUAAAGAGUAUGUACUUUAUAUUAGUCACAUUUUCUAUAUCAUUUUUGGCACCAUGGCUGGAGUUUUGGAGAAGAGGGGCUCAUCAUUCUCGCAGCAGGAGAAAGAAAUCACAUCCAAAAUGUACUCUUGUGCUAAUCACUCUACUAUAUGCGACCAUUGACUUCUCCUGCUGGUCACCAGUGAAACUGAAGUUUUCAAGUGAGGAAAUUAUUGACAAGAGACAGAAAGGGGUUCAUAGAGCCCUACAUUACAUCCCAAGGUUUUUAGAAAAUAUGAUAAUGGUAUUGAUCUUCAGGUAUGAUGGCAGAAAAACUUUAUUGAAUUGUUGUGACACAGUCAUUGCUGUGCAACUGAUCUUAAGUUAUGUACUAUCUAUUGGAUUUAUGCUCAUCUUCUAUGAGUAUUUAUGCCCAGGCUCUUGUGACUUGCCAAAACAUUCUUAA